AUGCUUCUCGCAACGAUCCGGGCCUUUCGAGCGCCGCCGAGCCCCUUUUUGCGCCGCACGACGGCCCUCUUCGCCGCCAAGGGCAAGGCCAAGGGCAAAAACAGGAAGGUCAAGGAGGAGACGCCCGAGCACGAGCGGUCCGUCGCCGGCGCCAUCAACUGGUACCCGGGCCACAUCGCGCGCGCCGAGCGCGAGCUGCGCGACUACCUGAAGCGCGUCGACGUCGUCAUCGAGGCGCGCGACGCGCGCAUCGGCGCGACGACGGCGCACCCCGACGUGUCCGAGUGGAUCGGCGCGCGGCCGCGCGUCGUCGUCUUCACCUUCGCGGACCUCGCGCCGGCGAACGUCGUGCGCGACUGGAAGGAGGAGCUGUCGCGCGACGUGCCCGUGUUUUUCGUCGACGCGAAGCGCGGCGGCGCCAAGGCGCUCCAGGGCAUCCGCAACGAGCUGACGAAGGCGGGCCGCGUCGUCAACGAGAAGCGCGCGAAGAAGGGCAUCAUGCCGCGCGCGGCGCGCGUCGCCGUCAUCGGCUACCCGAACGUCGGCAAGUCGGCGCUCAUCAACAAGCUCGCGGGCCGCAAGGCGGCCAAGUCGGAGAACAAGGCCGGCGUGACGCGGAGCCUGAACUGGGUGCGCAGCAAGCCGUCGACGCAGGGCAAGGGCUUGCCCUUCGAGCUGUUGGAUUCGCCGGGCAUCAUCCCCGCGAAGCAGCUGAACCAGCGCAUGGCCGCGCGCCUCGCGAUCUGCGGCGACAUCGGCGACGCGUCCUACGACACGCGCCUCGUCGCGGAGGCUUUGGUCGAGGAGCUCACGACGCGCCGCGACGAGCGCUACGCCCGGGACGGCGGCGCGAGCCUCCUCUCCAAGUACGGCGUCGACCCGGACGUCUUCGCGCCCGACGUCUACGUCGACGAGCUCGCGGACCUGCGCUACGAGGGCGACGCGGGCACGGCGGCCAUGGCCAUCCUCACGGACUUCCGCGCGGGGCGCCUCGGCAAGGUCGCGCUCGAGGGCCCGAAGGCGCCGCAGCGCGCCGCGCCGGAGCCGCCCGCGGACGCGCCCAAGCCCAAGCCCGUCGUCGUGAAAAACGAGGACGCGAAACGACCACUCUCCGACGAGGAGCGCGAGAUGGCCGAGCGCCGCGACGCGGGCGACUGGGUCGGCUGGUAA